CGGGGGCGCGAGAAAGGCGGCGGCGGCGGCGGCGGCGGCGGCGGCUGCGGGGCCCGGCCGGGGGAUGCGGCUGCGGCGGCGCUGAGCGGCUCCGGGAGCGGCUCCGGGAGCGGCGGGGGGAGCGGCCCCGGCCCGCUGAGGCUCCUCCGGCAGCGCCCCCGGUGAGGCGGCUCCGGCGGGGUCGGUGCCUGCAGGAUGCGCUUCCUCCCCGGCCUCCUCCUCCUCCUCUCCGCCGGCUCCCCCGCGAUGCAGACCCUUUUCCAGAGCCCCGACGAGGGCUGGCAGGUUUACACCUCAGCGCAAGCGCCCGACGGCAAAUGCCUCUGCACGGCCGUCAUCCCCGUGCAGGGCACCUGCUCCCGCGACCUGCGCAGCCACCAGCUCCGCCAGCUCAUGGAGAAGGUGCAGAACAUCUCGCAGUCCAUGGAGGUGCUGGACCUGCGGACGUACCGGGACCUGCAGUACGUGCGCAACACCGAGUCGCUGAUGAAGGGCUUGGACUCGCGGCUCAAGGUGGCCGCUGAGAGCCAGCGGAGCCUCAACGCCAAGAGCUUCCAGGAGCUGAAGGACAAGAUGACGGAGCUGCUGCCCCUGCUGCCCGUCCUGGAUCAGUACAAGGCGGACACGCGGCUGAUCGUGCACCUGAAGGAGGAGGUGCGGAACCUGUCCGGGAGCCUGCUGGCCAUCCAGGAGGAGAUGGGCGCCUACGACUACGAGGAGCUGCAGCAGCGGGUGCUGAUGCUGGAGGCUCGGCUGCACGCCUGCAUGCAGAAACUGGGCUGCGGGAAGCUGACGGGCGUCAGCAACCCCAUCACCAUCCGAGCGUCGGGCUCGCGCUUCGGGUCGUGGAUGACGGACACGAUGACGCCCAGCGCCGACAGCCGGGUGUGGUACAUGGACGGCUACUACAAGGGCCGGCGCGUCUUGGAGUUUCGGACCUUGAACGACUUCGUGACGGGGCAGAACUUCGUGCAGCACCUCCUGCCGCAUCCCUGGGCCGGCACCGGCCACGUGGUCUUCAACGGGUCCCUCUACUACAACAAAUACCAGAGCAACAUCGCCGUCAAGUACCACUUCCGCUCCCGCAGCGUCCUGGUGCAGCGCAGCCUCGCCGGCGCCGGCUACAACAACACCUUCCCCUAUUCCUGGGGUGGCUUCUCCGACAUCGACUUCAUGGUGGAUGAGAGCGGCUUGUGGGCCGUCUACACCACCAACCAGAACGCCGGCAACAUCGUGGUGAGCCGGGUGGACCCCCAGACGCUGGAGGUGCUGCGGAGCUGGGACACGGGGUACCCCAAACGCAGCGCCGGCGAGUCCUUCAUGAUCUGCGGCACGCUCUACGUCACCAAUUCCCACCUCGCCGGCGCCAAGAUCUAUUUCGCCUACUACACAAACACUUCCAGCUACGAGUACACGGAUAUUCCCUUCCACAACCAGUAUUCCCACAUAUCCAUGCUGGACUACAACCCGCGGGAGAGGGUGCUGUACACCUGGAACAACGGCCACCAGGUCAUCUACAACGUCACGCUGUUCCACGUCAUAAAGACGUCGGGGGAGCUGUGACCGCUCGCUCUCCCCGGCUCUUAUUUUUCUACACUUCAGCCUUAUAGCCGUUCUCGAGGGGACGGAGCCUUCCUCCUCCUCCUCUUCCUCCUCUUUGAUUUGUAUUUUAUUCAUUUAUUUGGUUCAUGGCGCAUGGAUCUUCCGCCUUCAUUUGAGCUGAACUCAGUUCUUUUAAAUUGUCUGAUUUCUUUUCCAAUUUACAGCUUUAUUUUGAUGGCAAAUAAAAAACGGUCUCGUCGGUCGA